AUGAUCCCCAUUGCAAGAUCUCUGCUCAAGAUCUCCUGCCACAAAUCUUUUAUCAAUCAUAAGAAGGCCAGGGCAUGUGAUGAAAAGGUGCCCUGGAGCCCAUACCCCACAAGAAAAUCUCAAAAGACAAUGGGGAAGCCCAUUCUUCCAUCCAACUCAAUGAAGUUUUCUAAGCUGCUUGCAAUAACUCUCGUAGCUGCUUCACUGCUGCAGGAUUCAUUUACCUGGUUUAUUGUGGUUUGUAGAAAUAUCACUGUGGAGACUCUGGCUGCUUUCCUAGGGAACUUCUUCCACCUUAAGUCUGGGCAGAUCAGUAUUGAAAUUGUAUUUCUGGGAUAAGUUGCUCCUUCAUUGGAAUUGGAAGCCCUAUUUAAAUGCUACUUGGCCUAUACAACUUUUGUUUCUGGAUCUGCAUGGAGGGAGGAUCUAAAAAGAAUUACUGUGGAAGCUGCAGGAGCAUGCUUGAUUCUAGCCAAUCCUUUGAGCAGGGAUUUGCAUGAAGAAGAUACUGUGAAAAUUAUGAGGGUGCUCUCUGUAAAAUACUAUUUCCCUAAAACCAGAAUUAUCAUACAGAUACUUCAUGCCCAUAAUAAGACAUUAUAUUUUCUGCCAAAAAUUCUCAGUUGGGACUGAAAUAGUGAUGACAAUAUCAUCUGCUUUGCUCAACUAAAGCUUGAAUUUUUCGCCCAAGGCUGAUUGGUAGUAGGAUUGUGCAUCUUUCUGACAUCUCUAUUUAUUAAGCAAAGUACAAAGGUUUGUCCUAAAAAUCCCUGGCAGCAUCACUUCUUUAAUGGACUGAGUAACACAAUCUUGACUCGUCUUUCUGAUGAUUUUGCUGGAAUUAGUUUUCCUGAGUUUCCUGGAAGUGAAGACAAAUAUAUCUCCAAUAUUUCAUGUCACACUGUUCUCAUGUUCACUAAGUGUUCACUUCAGAUCAGGCUUCAUGACUAA